UAGUACAUCAAAAAGGCUACUACUUCCUCUAUGCCGAACCAUAACCAGAAGGAAACUAAACUGGAUAAAGUCACAAACAAGGCGCAACUUAUCCCCUUUUGAAAAGCUUAUCUCCAGGUAAAGUAUGGAUAUGAUAGUAUAUACAAGCCAUGCCCGUGAAGGGUUUUGUUACUUUCAGAAUGAGGGUCUAAGGAAUAGUAGCUUUUUAGAAGUUCGAGUUAAGGCUAAAGCGGUUACCUAUUUUAGUUAUGUGAAAGCUUCUGCGUGCUGUAAACUCUUACGGUUCCAAAUGCGAAGGCAGUGUAAGGUACUUGCUUUUUCGAAGGUCAAAAGUGCUGGUGUUAAUGGUAGGUUGCACGGUUGUGAAAGUUCCCAAGAAGGUAAUUUUGGAAAUGGUCAUGUUUUGUCUAGUCCAUCGAGUUCCAUUCAUGGCUUUGAGGAAUCUGGUAGCAAUAAUCAACUGCGUAAAUUCGUUAGAAAUGGUGAAUUGGAAGAAGGGUUUAAGCUUCUGGAGGGCAUGGUUUAUCAUGGUGAGAUUCCUGAUAUUAUAGCUUGUACAAGUUUAAUUCGUGGGUUUUGUAAGAGAGGCAAGACUAGAAAAGCAACCCGGGUUAUGGACAUUAUCGAAGAUUCAGGGGCUGUUGCUGAUGUCAUAACUUAUAAUGUGUUGAUCAGUGGGUAUUGCAGGGCAGGGGAGAUUGAUAAUGCUUUACAAGUGUUGGAUCGGAUGAGUGUUUCUCCUGAUGUUGUCACGUAUAAUACGAUCUUGCGUAGCCUGUGUGAUAGUGGGAAGUUGAAGCAAGCGAUGGAAGUGUUGGAUCGACAAUUGAAGAAAGAAUGUUAUCCGGAUGUGAUUACGUAUACAAUUUUGAUUGAAGCAACUUGCAAGGAGAGUGGCGUUGCACAAGCUAUGAAGCUCUUGGAUGAGAUGAGGAGUCGAGGAUGUAAACCGGAUGUAGUCACUUAUAAUGUUCUGGUCAAUGGGAUUUGUAAGGAGGGGAGAUUGGAUGAAGCAAUCAAGUUCUUGAAUAGCAUGCCAUCAUAUGGAUGCCAACCCAAUGUGAUUACUCAUAAUAUUAUUCUGCGUAGCAUGUGUAGCACUGGUAGGUGGAUGGAUGCAGAGAGAUUGUUAGCCGAUAUGUUACGUAAAGGUUGUUCCCCUAGCGUUGUUACGUUCAAUAUUCUGAUUAAUUUCUUAUGCCGAAAAGGUUUACUGGGCCGAGCAAUUGAUGUAUUGGAAAAGAUGCACAAACAUGGGUGUACUCCUAAUUCCUUAAGCUAUAAUCCACUGCUCCAUGGGUUCUGCAAAGAAAAGAAAAUGGAGAGGGCAAUCGAAUAUUUGGAGAUAAUGGUGUCUAGAGGUUGCUACCCUGAUAUUGUGACCUACAAUACUUUGCUCACAGCAUUAUGCAAAGAUGGGAAGGUUGAUGUGGCAGUGGAGAUACUGAAUCAGCUAAGUACCAAGGGUUGCUCGCCUGUUUUAAUCACUUACAAUACUGUGAUUGAUGGGCUCGCAAAGGUCGGGAAAACAGAUGAAGCUAUAAAACUUUUGGAUGAGAUGCUUGCCAAGGGUCUAAAGCCUGAUAUAAUUACCUACUCUUCACUUGUUGGAGGACUUAGUAGGGAAGGAAAGGUUGAUGAUGCAAUAAAGUUCUUUCAUGACUUUGAGAGAAUAGGUGUUAGGCCAAAUGCCAUAACAUAUAACUCCAUCAUGUUAGGCCUUUGUAAGGCUCGGCAGACCGAUCAUGCUAUCGACUUUUUGGCUUAUAUGGUGAUGAGGGGCUGUAAACCUACUGAAUCUACAUACACCAUUCUCAUUGAAGGCAUAGCAUACGAAGGGUUAGCUAAUGAGGCAUUGGAGUUGCUAAAUGAGUUGUGCUAUAGAGGAGUUGUGAAGAAAAGUUCAGCAGAACAGAUUGCUGUCAAGAUGUAGGCUGUGGGCAUGUGCAUGUGAAUGCUUUGUUUAGUUCAAGUGCAGUUAUGGUAUAUAGCCAUAUGUAGGCUUUACCCUUUUUGU